GAUUCGAACCCAGGCCGACUGCCUAAAGGACCACAGCUUCUGUACAUGGGGCGCACACACCAUCCACUAGGCCACCGGCUUCCUGUGUGCCAUUUCUAAAUAACAUAUUGUUGUGUUUAUUAUGCUGUACAAACAAAUAUUAUUGCCCUAGAGUCUUGGCAUAAACUUGACUGACUCAAAUAAACAUGUUGUGGUUGUUUCACCAGUUUCCCUGAGGAGUCACUCGUAGUUUUUUAAAGACAAGGCUGUGCUUGAACGUUCACUGACGUAAAACAGUGUUCAGGAAUGCUUGGCCUCCUUUCGGCAUUACGCAGUGUUUUGUCAAAGCGCUUCACCACAAAUGAUCUGAGAAAUACCAGAACAACUUAUCAUUCAUGUGGAAAUGAGAGCAGUGGAGGAAAAAGAGAGGGGAAAAGAGACACACUUUUAGAGACAUAAGGUAGUAGUAAGCUUGUUUUUAAAGGGGAAAUAAAACUGCUUUCAAUGAUUAUUGCUUAGUGAGAGCUUCUUGUGACCUCAGGGUGACACUGAACAGAAGUGUUCCACCAUGGGCCUGAGUUCAACACUGAGAAGCCUUCUGUUUUUCCUCGGGGCGUAUGGGAUUUGUUCAGGAUUUGUGCAAGAGAACUGUACCAACCACAAACUCCGGUUUGAGACGGUUUAUUCUGUUCCCGGUGAGGUAGCUAUGCUGACCAGCACCCUCGUGUCUCCAAGUGUCUCCAACUUCACAGAUGUACCUUACAACAUCACCUGGUAUGACUCAAAGGGGAAAGAAAUAAUCAAUCAGACCGAUCGAGUUCUGGUACUCGAGGAGACUCUGUGGUUUCUCAAUACAACACUGGAUGAUAACAAGGAAUAUAUGACCAUCCUAAGGACCCCCUCUGGGUGCCACAAGCAGCGCUUAAAUCUGACCGUAGAGCAACCAGAAGCUGGAAAAUGUGAAAGGCCAAGAAAAACUCAUCAGUUCCUUACGAAGGAUGUCAACGGCAUGCUGUCCUGCCCUCUGAGGAACUAUACUAACAAACUGAAAAGCUACAACAUCACUUUCUCCAUCAAGUGGUACAGAGGUUGUGAACGAAUAGAGGAUGGGACAGGAGGGUACAGCUUUUUGGAUGACACCAAAAUAAUGAUUCACAAGGCGGGUCCUGAAAAAAACAGUUUUUACACCUGCACAUUGACCUUCACUCUCGCUGGCAUUACUGGAUCUGUGUCAGAGACUAUCAACGCAACGGUCAAAGAGGAGUACUAUUCGGUUCCACAACUGCAGGAACCGGCCAAUGAAACAAUCAGGGCACAGAUAGGCUUCAAUUUCAGCAAGCGGUGUCUGGCAUUUGUGCCUUCUGUUGAGAUUCCCUUGGUUAGUAUUGUGUGGAAGGUGAGAGAAACCUUCAUUGAGAGGAACCAAUUGAAACGUGUCUACACAGGAAAUAAAAGUUGGAGGCAAGAUGGUCCCAACAAAGGUUAUUUCUUCGAGCGCGUUCUGAUGUUUUCGGAGGUGAAGGAGGAAGAUUUCCACAUCAACUACAUUUGUGAAGUGAUAAGUCCCAGUGGCUCACGUCAGGGAUAUUUCACUCUACUACCAGAAGAGGAGUACUAUUCGGUUCCACAACUGCAGGAACCGGCCAAUGAAAUAAUCAAGGCACAGAUAGGCUUCAAUUUCAGCAAGCGGUGUCUGGCAUUUGUGCCUUCUGUUGAGAUUCCCUCGGUUAGUAUUGUGUGGAAGGUGAGAGAAACCUUCAUUGAGAGGAACCAAUUGAAACGUGUCUACACAGGAAAUAAAAGUUGGAGGCUAGAUGGUCCCAACAAAGGUUAUUUCUUCGAGCGCGUUCUGAUGUUUUCGGAGGUGAAGGAGGAAGAUUUCCACAUCAACUACAUUUGUGAAGUGAUAAGUCCCAGUGGCUCACGUCAGGGAUAUUUCACUCUACUACCAGAAGAUCCCAACAUCAUACUACCCAUUGGACUGGUGCUUGGAGGAAUGAUGGUUCUCUUUAUCAACAGCGUCAUCAUCUACUACCUUUUUAAGGUUGACAUUGUGCUGUGGUUCAGGAGAGCAUUUCCAGUCCUCUAUCCAAAUAAAGAUUUAGAUGGGAAGCUGUAUGAUGCCUAUGUGGCGUAUCCACAACCAUGUGCCGUUGGAUUUAGUGAGGAAGUGGAGGACUUUGCCCUUCAUACUCUGCCUCAAGUGUUGGAAAAGGCCUGCGGCUACAAACUCUUCAUAGCAGGCCGUGACUGUCUACCCGGGGAGGCAAUAGUGGACUCUGUGGAGGAGAACUUACAAGCCAGUCGCCGUGUCCUUCUGCUCUACACCGCCUCCACCUUCAUCAGCAAAAGACACACCAGCAGCACUAGCAACAACAAUAACAACAUCUCUAAGAUCUGUGACACCAAUGAAAACAGCAAAAGCAAAACCCCAGAGGACAGUGACAGCAUGAAUUAUUAUGAUGAUGAAGAAGUCUCUUCAGACACAAGGCAGCAGUUUGAGUGUGUGGCAGCAAUGCACAGAGCGCUUCUAGAGGGAUCUCUCAAGGUGGUUCUGGUGGAGUUGGAAGAGAUCAGCCCAGCUCAGCUCGCUCUCUUCCCAGAGUCGGUGCGUCAACUAAGGAAGAAGCAAGGUGCUGUGUGUUGGUGGAAGAAUUUAGAGAGGAGGCAGAGGUCUGUGACAUGUAACAUGAGGAGGAGAGAAGAUGAAGAGAAAAGUGGACAGGACACUCCAUCCCUCUCUCCCUCCUCCAGGUUUUGGAAGGAGAUGAGGUAUCAUAUGCCUGUGAGGGGAAAGAGGGAGGUGUUUCCUGAGAAAACUGCCCUGCUGAACUUAUGAUGGGGUUAUAGCUGGUUUCAAUAUAAGUGUGGAUGGGAUUAAGCCCCCUCUCUCACUUGGAAAAUCUGAGUUGUUAAAAUAAGCUGUGAGUUAACAGCACAUGUGAUACAAUAGGUGCUUCUUCAGAUAGCUGUCAGUUUAUAUUUUAAGAAGCAGAUUUCUGAUGAAACAGGAGGGAGGUUUUUACUCAAAGACUCAACAACUGAUGCUCACGCGGCACUCCUAAUGUGCAGAUCAUCACUGUGUUUGUGCUAUUGCUGAGGUUUGUGAAUUGUUGAUGUUCUCUUGCAGGUUGAGACUGAUGUUGGCUUUUAGUUAUCAAAUGUACAUAUGUAUAAUAAAGACUGUAAAUUUGUAAAUAAAUGUUCCUCAAGUAAUGUAAAAGGUCAAGCAGCAAACUGGGAGCUUCUUAUCAAAUAAUCUGAAAAUGGAAAGUGUCAUGAUUUGGUAUUAUUUGGUUUUGUAUUUUUAGUGUUUCUUUAUGUUCUAGUGGGUUUUGUUCAUUCUUGAGUUCUGUGUGUCUUCAGUGUUUCAUGUUUUUUAUUUUGUAGUUGUCCUCAGUGUUUUUUGUGUCCAUUCCUUCCUCUGUGUGUUUCCCCCCAUUGUGAUUGCCCUCAUUGUCUUCACCUGUGUUAUUAGUCUCACCUGUGUUUGAUUACCCCAUGUCUAUUUAGUCUCUGUGUUUCUUCCCUUCUGUGUCAGUUCAUUGUAUGUGUUUGUCGGUGUCGUUUGUUGCAUGUCAGUUUACCCGUGGCGCCUUCUCUUGCUGGAUUUUUUGGAAGUAAGUUUUUGUUUGCCUUUUGUUUAAAGAAUAAAUAGUUUUAGUGAAUCCUG